AGAGAUGCCCAAGUUUACAAUACCCAAGGAUCAAGCCAUCAGGGCAACCAAGGGUCGAGGCAACGAGAUUCAACCUCGACCAAGUCCGGCGAAUCGUCUGCUCGGGUAUGUAACGGAGAUGUGCUCCGAGGAAUCGGCGCUCAGUUUGAGCCAAGCCCUGAGUACAAGGCACGCAAGAAUUAAGAGCCACUAAUAAGUCAUGGCUAUCCCGGCGGGAGAGCUCACGGCGCGGGCCGCCUUGUGUUACGAGAGGCUCUAGGAACAUCCCUGCGGAGCAGAAGAGACCCCAAUUCAAAAAUUUGUUUCCCCGUCGUCGACGUUGAUGUUG